GUCACCGCCUUUUUCUCAGGCUACAAAGCCUUGUGUUGCACCUUGUUCGGGAGGUAAUCGUCACAUCGGGAUUACGCACCUUUGACCUCCAGCACUGUCAACAGUAAGCGGCUCACUGAGAUAGGCUACCAGCGACCAAAUCCACCAGCAGCAACCGGUUUGUCACAUGACUGCUGUGCAGCUCAGUCUGGCUCUGUGUGUGUGAGAGAGAGAGAGCCUGUUCAGCUUUUAUUUCCGUGUUCGCAGAGGGAUCGCUGUGCCGAAUGACUUUCCGCGGAUCCUGAGUGUUUUGCUUUCUUCCACGCCGCGAAUCUGCGUCGCCGUGCGGGGAUCUGCCAGGGAGACUGGAAGAGGGGGGUGCGUGUGGGGUGGGGUGGCAUUCACGCAAUCGCAUUGCCUGGACCCACGCCGCAGCAGGACCAUGCUCACGCGGGUGAAGUCGGCGGUAGCCAAUUUCAUGGGAGGUAUGAUGGCCGGUGGCUCCAACGGAGACCAUCCCAGCGGCUCGGAUCUGCCGCUGAAAUUCCCGUACACCCGACCGGACUUCCUGGGACUGUCGCCAGACGAGAUCGAGUGUUCGGCGGAUCACAUCGCAAGACCGAUCCUCAUCCUGAAGGAGACCAAGCGGCUGCCGUGGUCCACCGGCUACGCAGAGGUCAUCAAUGCAGGGAAAAGCACAUUAAAUGAAGAUCAGGCUUGCUGUGAGGUCCUGGUUGUUAAAGGGAGACCUGCAGGAAGCCUCGCGCCUAACCGAACCCCCACGACCCGCAGGAGAUCGUCCCUGCCUAAUGGUGAGAGUCUGGGCCUCCGGGAGAACCCGGACAACUCUGAAGACCUAACUUUACACUACUGGGCAUUGUUCGAUGGCCACGCUGGCUCCGGGGCAGCUGUAAUGGCCUCUCGUCUUCUCCACCACCACAUUGCCCUGCACCUACAGGAAGUGAUGGAGAUCCUCUGUACUCCUAACCUUGUGCCGCCCACGUGCCUGGGUGAGGAACCUAUCAAUCACCACCUCACCCCUUCAUCUCAGCGUGUCCUUACAAGGGCUGCAUCGCUCCGGGGUGCCGCAGGGGCUCCGGGUUCCCCCAGUACCCCACCGACACGCUUCUUCACAGAGAAGAAGGUGUCGCAGGAGAGCCUGGUGAUUGGAGCCAUCGAGAACGCCUUCAAAGACAUGGAUUUACAGAUAGAAAAGGAGAAGGCGGUCUACAACAUCUCAGGUGGCUGCACAGCGCUGGUGGUCGUCUAUUUACUCGGCAACCUCUAUGUGGGGAAUGCCGGGGACAGCAGAGCUAUCAUUAUCCGGUCUGGGGAAGUCAUUCCCAUGUCAGCAGAGUUCACACCAGAGUCAGAGAGGCAGCGACUGCAGUUCUUGGCCUACAUGCAGCCCCACUUAUUAGGGAAUGAGUUUACACAUCUGGAAUUCCCAAGGAGAGUCCAGAGGAAGGAGGUGGGGAAGAGGAUGCUGUAUCGUGACUUCACCAUGUCAGGAUGGGCAUAUAAAACCAUAGAGGAAGAUGACCUAAAGUUUCCCCUGAUCUACGGUGAAGGGAAGAAGGCUCGCGUGCUGGCGACCAUCGGGGUCACGAGAGGCCUCGGAGACCACAGUCUCAAAGUGCACGACUCCAACAUUUACAUUAAGCCCUUCCUGUCCUGCUGCCCAGAGGUCAGAGUUUAUCCUUUAGCACAGUGUGAGCAUGGAGCCGAUGACGUUCUGGUGCUGGGAACUGACGGACUGUGGGACGUCCUCUCCAACCAGGAAGUGGCUGAAUCGGUCGGCUGUUUCCUGGCAAACUGCGACCCUGACGAUCAGCACAGGUACACGAUGGCAGCUCAAGACCUCAUAAUGAGAGCGAGGGGGGUGCUGAAGGAUCGAGGCUGGAGGAUAGCCAACGACAGAUUAGGCUCCGGAGAUGACAUCUCUGUCUACAUCAUUCCCCUCAUGUAUGGAAACAAGCAGAACUAGCCAAGCUACGAAACCGCAGCCAUCGCUGAAACACAACCCUGCCUUGACCUUUUAAAACUUCACAUGUGCAGUUUUACCUCAUUCCUUGUUCUCCUUUUAAAAGUGCUUUUGUUUCUGCUCAGAUCAAAACCUGAUCUGUCUCAGUUUCACCCUGAUUAUCCUCAAUCAGGGUGAUCUCUCUCUUUCUCUCCCUUUUUUUAAAUAAUGAAAAGGAAACAAUCAUAAGAGUAGCUGUUAAUGAUUACUGUUAUUAUUGUUUUUUUUAAUUCUCGUGGAAGCCAUCCUUAGCUGUGUUUCGGGGGGCAAACCCUGUAAACCUGGACUCUCGAAUGAGAUGACGACAUCUCAGGACUGCUGUUACUAACUAAUGCACAAUAUUUAAUAAUGUGAAAAUGUAAAUAAUCUGAAACACAAGACAUUGGUUAAGUGUGUUUGGCUGAACACCUGUACAGUGUUUACCCC